AUGAAGCUGCCACUCAGGACUAUUCCAGACCAUUGCACCACGUUCCCCUUGAGGUCCAGAGCUAGCCCUCACCACAAAAUACCGAGAUACAUGGCGAAACGACCGUUGUUGACCAUCCAGAUCCCGUCUCUAAUCGAUCGAGUCGGAAAAGACGAACGGACACAUGAAGUUUCGUGUUUUUCUCCCUUCACACCGGACGGCUCGAGCUCUGGAUCAUUGUCUGCUACUUCGUCGACCGGACUGGGGAAGACGGGAGACGCCCAACGGGACACGGUGGAUGACAUCGAUGAGCAGUCGAUUUCGAACGUGAUGGAGGACGAGGGAGAUGAGAACAGUCAGCCUACCACGUCGCGAUUCGGAACUCGCUGGUCACGUCGUCUUCAGCAUGGCUGCUUGCAGUCGAUGUUCCAGCAAGGCCAACGAACCCCAACCCGGCGAAAACGCCUCUCGAUGAUCACCGUUUCACCUUUCUCCGCUAUCGAACUCCAUCCUAAUCGCCGCACCUCUCCUCAACCCUACAAUGGCCAUUCCAACAGCCGCCGCACAUCAAACCCGUUUGAUUAUCUGAGCUUGCAUCGUCACUCCAAAAUUGCCAUCAGCCCCACCAACCACGAUAAAACACCCACCCAGCUCGUCAUUCGCCCUGUCGUCCCCGUCCUAGUGUCGUCGCCACUGGAGAGUCUGAACUGCCUCAAAACCCCCAAAAAUCUUAAUGCCCCCUGGAGCUCUACUACCUGUUGA